CACGAGGCAUGUUGAAUGAUGUAAUUUGAGGAUGGCUAAUUGAGUUGUGUUAUUGCUGUCGUUAUUGCUGGUGCUAGUGCUUAGUGCUUGGUCGUGGUCGUGGUCGUGGUCGGAACUGCCUUUACGUAUAACUAAAACUGCUAAGGCAGGAACUAGUGGUCUUAACCUCAGUGCAGUUUCCGUGGUUAAAAGGGCAGCCACAGGAUAAAUGGCCAGUAGGACCGAUGAGUAGGUACCUAAGGUAGGUAGCACCGACAGACCGAUAGGAGGGAAGUUAUCUUAGGUGUUACUGUCGUGAACCACUUGUUGGGUAGUUGCGCUCUUGGCAAAAGCUACCUAGGUACGUACCUACCUAACUUCCCAAGGUUUGUAUGGUACAGUGAAACCCAUUGAAUUGGGUCAUUCAAUUUAAACAUCAUCAACUGAGUUUGCAAAAAAAAGCUACCUAUUCACCAUCUAUUCGGACUCCCGAAAACAUGACUUGGAUUUCCAAAUUAGUGACGGCUUUCGGGCUGUUACUUCUAGCAGAUUCGUGUUACUCGGCUUAUGAACAUUCCCUUCUUCAAACGCACCGAGCCGCAUCGCUCUCGUCUUUGAGCACGUCACACAGCGGUGUGACGACCUCACUACCGAUCGAUAUAACUAUCGAGACAAUUGUCGCAACAUUUAUCGUCUGUCUAGGCAUGGUAUUAGGGACGUCUAAUUUACGUCCUAUCCAAUGGCGCGUUUGGGCUGGGAAGAUUGAGAGAGAAGGGGAGGCAGGAUUUCUAAACAGCAACGGAGAGGUGGAGAAAGAUUACGUUGGGAACCCGUUUCGAUUAUUAGAGAGUCGUCCAGGAUUCGUUGAUAUUCGGAAGCAAAGAAAAGAGUUUGCAGAAUGGGUUAAAAACGAAUAGAUGAUAAAUCGAGCAACGGAUACAGAGCAUACAGAGGAUACCUAGAGACACCGGCAUCAAGUUAGGCUUCUUGUUAUGACAGCUCUAUGGGGAAAUACUCGAAGCUACCUCUUGAACGCUACGCUGUAUUCUUCUAGCUUGUAUGAGGGAUAACGAAAUAGCAUCAUUGCAUAUUACACCUACCUCUCUCCUAAGGUACCAUGUAAUAAUAUACAACACAUACUAGUAGUCAGCAAAAUACUUGUCGAAGGGAAGGACGGAUACCGGUCACGGGCGCUGUUACCUUCAAUGUCCCCAAAUGUUGUUGUCAGUGGAAGUCGCGGGACAUAUCUCCGGCAAGGAGAUGGUGCCUUCCUGUUCCUCUUGAAGAACAACUCAAGAGGUAGUAGUUUCUUCAAAGGUACCUCCUACCUAAUAUAUGGGCAAGUAUGUACUAGGUAAGUAAUGAGUAAUAAGGAGUAAUACUA